GUUCACACACAGGGCCUAGUGGAGCUAUUGUUAAGCUGCAAGGUUACAUGUGUGUGCUUGUGUCUGUUCCAGUGUACGCUUAGACCAUCGAGGAAUUAGUCUAUAUGCUUGGACUCAUAACAUUUUCCGGACAAUAUGAAAUAGAAAAGCACCAAAAUGUUAAUGCAAAUUUAUGUAAAGAUAACUAUGCCGUUAUGACGCACACGAGUAACAGUCUGACGGAAAUAAAUGACGGAAUAAUGUGUGUAAUGUAGCUGAAAGGAAUAGUUUGAACAUAUGAGUGGGAGCGAUGUACAAUACAUAGACUUUUCCGCAGCAAAAGAUUGGUAUCAACGAACUACACAACUACGCAGCCUUUGUUUUACGUUAUUGAAGUACAGUUGAAACCACUACAAUGGAAAAAGAACCAAAUGCUCCACAAACCAGUCCAUUACCAGAGGCACCACCUGUAUGGUACAAAAGAACGACCCCAUACGAAGCCCCCAGCAGCUCCUGCAAUAUGCAACCUGCUACAAGUGUGACUGUAGCACCACCUCCAUACCACGACAAUCAAGCAACCGCAUACGAAGCUCCAAGCAGCUCCGAAAAUAAGCCUGUUGCUACCGUGACUGUAGCACCACCUCCAUACAACAUUCAAACGACCCCAUACGAAGCUGCCAGCAGCUCCUACAAUCAGCCUGUUACUACCGUGAAUGUAGCCAGAACGCAACCAGAUAACCACUUAUGUUUCGCCAUCUUUGUGACACUAUGUUGCUGCUUCCCACUUGGAAUCAUCGGAAUUGUGUUCAGCCAAAUGAGUUCAAGUAAAUUUAACCGUGGAGACGAUGUCGGAGCCGUGAAGUAUGCUGAGAGUGCGAAUAAAUAUUCACUCGCAGGGUUAUUGGCUGGUGUGGUGGCUAUCAUAAUAAUAGCUCUUAAGCAGUAUGUCAUGUGAGCUCUCAAGGGCGAAACCCGGGCCACCAGUCAAAAAGGAGUGCUGAAGGAAGCACGAGCAGUUCCCCAGCAAUCUACUACAGAGCCUUGAUAUUACCUUCCAACAGAAGACACUCAACAGCGGCCUUUAUUCAAACAGCUUAAUCACUACCGGUAUAUAACAACACUAAAUACACCAGACUCAAACGCUUAAAAGUGGUUUUUAUGUUCACUGACCGACAUCUGUUAAAGUUUUCGUAAUUUAAAAAAUGACUAUACAUAUAUAUUUUUUAAAGAAUGUUUGCAAUGAUAAAAUUACAUGAUUAUAAACUUUGAAUUUAAGAUCAAGUCCCACAUCGUCACGUAAUGUAGUAUGUUCAAAGCUACUCAGCAUGCAGUUGCUUGCAUUUGCAUUUGUUUUACUAUAUGCAUUGUUAGUAUAAUAUCUUUUAACUAUUUUUUAAAUUUUUAUGUUAUGUUUUAUGCAUGUCUGUUAUAUAGAAUGAAGUAUUCUUUUGAAAAUAACAAUAAAGAAAAUAUUGAAUUUUGAA